AUGCCUGGAGAGAUACUUGCUCAAAAUUCGAGCGACGCCCCAUUGUGUCAGAGAUGUGGUACAGAGGCUGCGACUCAUAAUGUUCGCUCAGAGGAUGUGUGCAGUAAUUGCUUCUCCCAGUAUGUACAAACCAAAACCAUCAAACGGAUGGAAACCUACCGGAUCAGAGGAUCAUCUGCAAAGACACCAAGGAAACUUCUUUUCCCACUUUCCUUUGGCCCAUCAUCGGCGUCCUUGUUACAUAUAUUAGAUCAGCAUCUCCGGGGUCAAUAUGAUAGGAUGAAGAGGACAUCAUACGAGUUGUAUGUGGUACACAUAAAUGUAUACGUCGACCCAGUGGAUCGAAAGGAUGCAGAUGAAAUGUUGGAGAAAUACAAAACCAGAUAUCCUAGACACAAUUACGCGAUUUUCAAUCUUGAAGAAGCGCUGGGGUUGGAUGGUAUAGAUUGGAAGGCUCUUGGUUUGGAAAACUCCGACUCCAUGGCACCAUCAGCUGAACGAUUGCAAAAGCUGCUUGGGUCCAUGUCUUCUGCUACUUCCCGGUCAGAUAUUGUUUCUACAUUACUCGCACGGCUCCUAGUGGACGUGGCGAAACGGAACAGCUGUGAAGGCACCCUAUUUGGUGAUUCUACAACUCGUCUUGCAGAGAAGACCUUGACAGAAACAGCCAAAGGAAGAGGAUUUUCAUUACCCUGGCAAAUCUCUGAUGGAACUUCACCACAUGGAAUCACCUUUUAUUAUCCAUUAAGAGACAUUUUAAAGAAGGAAAUCAUGUCUUUUUCUACACUUACCUCACCACCACUCACAGAUCUGAUCGUCCAGCCUCACCCCACUUCUCAAAUUUCUGCCUCCUCGAAGCUGACCACGAUCGACGAUUUGAUGGCCCAAUAUUUUGAGUCAGUAGAGGAGAACUUCCCGAGUAUUGUGGCAAAUGUGGUCCGAACUACUAGUAAGCUUCAGUCUCUACCGAAUGAAACUACGGAGGCAUGUGGGUUAUGUGGACUUCCAGUAGCUGUUGGGACAGACGGUAUUCAUGGUUGGGGAGGUGACCAGAAUUCGGAAUCGCGGCCUGGUAAAGAUGACACUUAUCAUGGUAUUCUCUGCUACGGAUGCUCGAGGUCUAUGAACAGUUGA